AUGUCUACCCAGCUCGAUGUCGAUUCUAUCGCCCGUAUCUCCUUGCACGAUCCCAACCACUUCAACAUUCAACACUCCCAGACGCUCCACCGCCUAGUGCUCCUUGAGCAUUGGAACAUUCGUGCUGGCUCGAGAACAUUGGAAUUAGGAUGUGGUCAGGGUGACUGUACGAUCGUUCUUGCCUCUGCCGUGGGCGAGGAGGGAAGGGUGAUUGCAGUCGACCCAGCGGAUCUGGAUUAUGGUGCCCCUUACACUCUCGGACAAGCACAACACCACAUCACGCAAAGUCCGUUGGGUGGACGAAUCACUUGGGUCCAACAAUCACCUCUAGAUUACCUCUCCUCCUUAUCAUACCCUGCUUCCGCCUCUGGCGGCAAGGACUUCGACGCAACAGUGCUCGCUCACUGUCUAUGGUACUUCCCCUCGCCUUCGCUCAUUCUUGAUACUUUCCGUGCCCUCAAGCAGCACAGCAAACGUCUUUUAGUUGCCGAAUGGUCGUUGGUAGCCACGCACCCCUCCGCCCAACCUCACGUUCUAGCUGCGCUCGCACAAGCAGCGUUGGAGUGCCGCAAGCCCAAGAGCGAGUCAAACGUUCGCACUGUGUUAGGACCGAAGCGGCUUACAGAACUGGCUCUAGCUGCCGGCUGGCAGCUCGAGCAUGAGACACGGGUGCAACCUUCGGAGGGGCUAUUGGAUGGACAAUGGGAAGUAUCUGCUUGUCUUUCUACCUCUUUCGAACAAGAAAUUGAGGACAAAGUGAGUGAUGAGAGGGAAAGGGGUGUGGUUUUUGCAUUAAGGGACGCAUGUGAGGCGAGCUUGGAAGGUGUUCAAGGGGGUCGCAAAGGAGUCAAGGCAAUGGAUGUUUGGGUUGCCAGUUUUGUCUAA